CAUGGAUUAACUCCGCAAUGGAAGCGACGACGACUCAAGCACUUAAACCUGUACCUAUACCAAGCUCAUCCUGUCUCGUCGACUUGAUCAAACACAGAAACAUCUACUGACCAUGUCUGCCAACACAAACAAAGCCUGUUGCACACUCCCACCCGUCCAAAGCGACUACACGCCCAAAGGCUCCUAUGAGACACUCGGCGACUUGAAGACCUACAUCACGGGCAAUCAAAAGAGCAACAAGGUGCUCACCGUCAUCUAUGAUAUCUUUGGGUUCCACCCUGCCACGCAACAAGGUGCCGACUUGCUCGCUGAGAGCUUGGACGCACUGGUAGUGAUGCCUGAUUUCUUCCAUGGCAAACCCGUGCCACAAGAGCUCUACCCACCUCAAACAGAUGAGGACAAGCAAAAGAUUCAAGACUUUUUCGCUGGUCCUGCGGAACCGUCGAAAAACCUCAAAGCCUUGAGUACUUUUGCAAAAGCAGCGAGUGAGCGAUUCCCAGCAAACGAGGGGGAAUCCAAGAAGCAUGCCAUUUUGGGAUUCUGCUGGGGUGGUAAGAUUGCCAUCUUGGCAAGUGAUAAGCGGGAUGUAUUCAAAGCGACGGCUGUUGUGCAUCCUGCCAUGUUGGAUGCGAAAGAUGCCAAGUCAUUGACAAAUCCAAUUAUGAUCCUUGCAUCCAAGGAUGAAGAGGCCAAGGAUGUCAAGGCCUUUGAGGAAGGGAUUCCCGAGGGACAAAAGGAACAGAGUGUGGUCAAGACAUACAGCGAUAUGCACCAUGGAUGGGCCGCUGCGCGUGCCAACCUGAAGGACGAGCAAAACAAGAAGCGUUUCCACGAGGCAUACACUGAGCUUGCGGAAUUCUUCUCCAAGCUCUUAUAGAUCUUGGUAGGGAUAUAUAUUCGUUAAAGCACGUAACAGACUCUC